AGGGAAUAUCAUCAGAUCAAGUAACUUGUCCGGAGUGCUAUAUGCUUAAGCAUUCCCAGCUAGUGAAAAGAGUUAUAGCCAAGGAUUCAACAGGGUAGAUGGAGGCAAGCACCCAUCACCAUCAACUAGCUGAUUCGAAAAUGGACAAGACUUCUGAGUAUCCUUCUAAAAAGAUAAAUAAGCACAAAGGGAUGGAGCUAAAUGUCCAUAAAAGUUCAGUGCCAUACACUAUGGAAGAGGAGAAUCUUAAAUAUACUAAAGAUGGUACUGUUGAUAGAUUUGGAAGACCAGUUCUCAAAGCGAAGUCUGGCGGUUGGAAAUCUGCAAUAUUGAUAUUAGUAAACCAAGGAUUUGCCACACUGGCAUUCUUUGGAGUUGGUGUAAACUUGGUUCUGUUCUUGACGAGAGUACUUAAGCAGAACAAUGCCUCAGCAGCAAAUAAUGUCAGCAAGUGGACUGGAACAGUUUAUAUGUUUUCUCUUGUGGGGGCAUUUUUGAGUGAUUCAUACAUGGGGCGCUUCAGGACAUGCACUAGCUUUCUUUGUAUAUUUGUUGGGGGCCUAGUUCUUCUGGCAUUGUCAUCUCAACUACUCUUAUUGAAGCCUUCUGGAUGUGGAGAUGGCACUCUAAACUGUGAAAAUGGUACUCCUGCAGCAGUUGGAUUGUUCUACUUGUCUAUCUAUCUUGUGGCUUUAGGAAAUGGGGGAUACCAGCCCUCUAUAGCUACUUUUGGGGCAGAUCAGUUUGAUGAAGAAGACGAAACAGAAGCAAAAUUAAAAGUAGCCUUUUUCAGCUGGUUCUACCUUGCUUUUAACCUUGGUUCUCUAUUUUCUAACACGGUACUUGGUUACUUCGAAAAUAAUGGUAUGUGGCCAUUAGGAUUCUGGGUGUCUGCUCUAGCAGCCAUGAUCUCCAUGGUAGUAUUUCUGUUUGGGACACCAAGGUAUAGGCAUCACAUCCCCGGAGGCAAUCCAUUGCCUCGUAUUGGUCAAGUGUUUGUAGCAGCAAUCAGAAAAAACAGGUUUAAGCUACCAUCAGAUGCAGAGGAGCUUCAUGAGCUAUCUAGUAAACAUAGUGCAAUCAAUGGAAGUCGAAAAAUACUUCACAGUGCAGGAUUCAGGUUCCUUGACAAGGCAGCAAUAGAAACAGGAGAUGACAAAGUGGAAGGAAACCCCAAAAAUCCAUGGAGACUUUGUACUGUCACGCAAGUGGAAGAAGUCAAGUGCAUUUUGAGGUUACUCCCAAUCUGGUUGUGCACAAUUAUUUACUCAGUUGUGUUCACCCAAAUGGCAUCUUUGUUUGUAGAACAAGGUGCUGCAAUGGAUACUUCCUUGGGAAACUUCAAUGUCCCACCUGCUGCAAUGUCUAUGUUCGACAUUUUUAGUGUUGUAAUAUGGAUAAUUGUAUAUAGAAGGGCAUUGGUUCCUUUGGGUUUCAAGAUCUCUGGAAAUCCAAAGGGUUUAACUGAGUUACAAAGGAUGGGUGUGGGCUUGAUAUUGGGCAUGCUUGCCAUGGUUACAGCCGGUCUAGUUGAGGUGUACAGAUUGAAAGCAGCCAGCAGUAAAAGUCAUAACACAAGCUCUCUUAGCAUUUUCUGGCAAAUUCCUCAGUACGCUCUAAUAGGGGCUUCAGAGGUCUUCAUGUAUGUGGGUCAGUUGGAAUUUUUUAAUAACCAAUCACCUGAUGCACUCAGAAGCUUUGGAAGUGCCCUUUGCAUGACCUCCAUGUCACUUGGAAAUUAUGUCAGCAGUUUGCUAGUGACAAUUGUUAUGGACAUUACAAAGAGGGAGAACAGUCCUGGUUGGAUACCUGCAAACCUUAACCAUGGACACAUGGAUCUUUUCUACUUUCUAUUGGCAGGCCUCACUUUUAUUGAUUUCAUUGCCUAUGUGCUCUGUGCUAGAGGGUAUAGAUGUGUUACAUUUGACAAAAUGUGUGAACAAGACGAAGAGCAAGAGAUCAAAUAGUCUCUCUAUGACAUUUUAGACAAUGUCUCCUAUUAACAGAACCCACCAUCAGAACUUUGCAUUCUUGGUUCACUCUAGGACUCUACUGUUUUCUUGUUACUGAAGUUUUAUUUAGACAGUACAGUGACUGCCCAUUUUUCAGAAAUCAAUUGGGUCAUUACACAUCUCUCUAGUUUUUAAUCAUAUUGAGAUGUGGCACAACCCAGCAGGAUGCUAUCUUUUUUUUCUGAAAGAGGAGGCGACUUCUGACUCAGUCACACUCAUCAGGGUUAUGAGAGGAAUAGAUUUGACUCUUGGUUGUUUCCAAGAGCCCAUGUUAAAGAAAAUAAUACAUAUGUAAUGAUCGACAUAAACAUGUAUCGCUGACUAAGUGAUUAGCUUUUUCUUGCAGUAUUAUCAAACUAUAUGUUUGUCAUUCAACAAA